AUGUCCUGGGACGAGCGGGGGAUGGGGGUCUCCGUCAUCACGGGAUCUGCGACUCCCGGAGGAGAAGUCAACUUGUUUUUCUUAUCUGCGGAGGACGAGCCAACGAAGCAUUGGUACAAAUCAGACCGAAAGAAGUCGGAGAAGCUGUUGUCCUCCUGCUGUCCUCCUGCUGUCCUCCUGCUGUCCUCCUGCCGUCCUCCUGCUGUCCUCCUGCUGUCCUCCUGCUGUCCUCCUGCUGUCCUCCUGCUGUCCUCCUGCUGUCCUCCUGCUGUCCUCAUGCUGUCCUCCUGCUGUCUUCCUGCUGUCCUCCUGCUGUCCUCCUGCUGUCCUCCUGCUGUCCUCAUGCUGUCCUCCUGCUGUCCUCCUGCUGUCCUCCUGCUGUCCUCCUGCUGUCCUCCUGCUGUCCUCCUGUUGUCCUCCUGCUGUCCUCCUGCUGUCCUCAUGCUGUCCUCCUGCUGUCCUCCUGCUGUCCUCCUGCUGUCCUUAUGCUGUCCUCCUGUUGUCCUCCUGCUGUCCUCAUGCUGUCCUCCUGCUGUCCUCCUGCUGUCCUCAUGCUGUCUUCCUGCUGUCCUCCUACCGUCCUCCUGCUGUCCUCCUGCUGUCCUCCUGCUGUCCUCCUGCUGUCCUACUGCUGUCCUCCUGUUGUCCUCCUGCUGUCCUCCUGUCGUCCUCCUGCUGUCCUCCUGCUGUCCUCCUGUCGUCCUCCUGCUGUCCUCCUGCUCUCCUCCUGCUGUCCUCCUGCUCUCCUCCUGCUGUCCUCCUGCUCUCCUCCUGCUCUCCUCCUGCUGUCCUCCUGCUCUCCUCCUGCUCUCCUCCUGCUCUCCUCCUGCUGUCCUCCUGCUCUCCUCCUGCUCUCCUCCUGCUGUCCUCCUGCUCUCCUCCUGCUCUCCUCCUGCUGUCCUCCUGCUGUCCUCAUGCUGUCCUCCUGCUGCCUCCUGCCGUCCUCCUGCUGUCCUCAUACUGUCCUCCUGCUGUCCUCUUGCUGUCCUCCUGCUGUCCUCAUGCUGUCCUCUUGAUGUCUUCCUGCUGUCCUCCUGCUGUCCUCCUGCUGUCCUCCUGCUGUCCUCCUGCUGUCCUCCUGUUGUCCUCCUGCUGUCCUCCUGCUGUCCUCAUGCUGUCCUCCUGCUGUCCUCCUGCUGUCCUCCUGCUGUCCUUAUGCUGUCCUCCUGUUGUCCUCCUGCUGUCCUCAUGCUGUCCUCCUGCUGUCCUCCUGCUGUCCUCAUGCUGUCUUCCUGCUGUCCUCCUACCGUCCUCCUGCUGUCCUCCUGCUGUCCUCCUGCUGUCCUCCUGCUGUCCUACUGCUGUCCUCCUGUUGUCCUCCUGCUGUCCUCCUGUCGUCCUCCUGCUGUCCUCCUGCUGUCCUCCUGUCGUCCUCCUGCUGUCCUCCUGCUCUCCUCCUGCUGUCCUCCUGCUCUCCUCCUGCUGUCCUCCUGCUCUCCUCCUGCUCUCCUCCUGCUGUCCUCCUGCUCUCCUCCUGCUCUCCUCCUGCUCUCCUCCUGCUGUCCUCCUGCUCUCCUCCUGCUCUCCUCCUGCUGUCCUCCUGCUCUCCUCCUGCUCUCCUCCUGCUCUCCUCCUGCUGUCCUCCUGCUGUCCUCAUGCUGUCCUCCUGCUGUCCUCCUGCCGUCCUCCUGCUGUCCUCAUACUGUCCUCCUGCUGUCCUCUUGCUGUCCUCCUGCUGUCCUCAUGCUGUCCUCUUGA